UGCUUUCCCUGCCAUUUGUUCUCAAAUUGUGACAAUAUCUGGACUAACACGGGAUAUUGUGACAUGAAAAGCUCAAGGAUCGAUUUGGCACUGAACGAACAGCGCAGGCUCAACGUUAGCAUCCACAAUGCCAAGGUAAAAGAAAACCGAGAGAUUUUGAAAGACCUCAUUAAUGCAACCUGCUUUUUAGCUAAACAGGAGUUGGCAUUUCGUGGUCACGACGAGAGGGCAAGCUCUUCUAAUCGUGGCAAUUAUGUAGAACAAUUACAUGCUUUUGCUGAGAAAGAUGAGAGGUUCGCUAGACAUUUGGACUCAUCCACUGUGUUUUCUGGCUUGUCAAAUAGAAUACAGAACGAUCUAAUUGAAGCAAUCGGUGAUGUGAUAAGAAAUGAUAUAAAAAGGGAGAUUAACGCUGCCCCAUUUGUUGCUGUAGAGGUAGACAAGACUACGGAUAUCACAAACAAAGCAGAGAUCUCUGUUAUUUUGCGCUAUGUAACCAAAAAAAUGCAGCACACUUGGCCUAAUUACAGUGGAAGAAAUCAGUCAGUCAGAGAUGAGAGAAAACAAAUGUUCUACAAGAUUAUGGACAACAUCAGUGUUCAGAUGAAAGCUAGGUUUGAUCAUUUUGGUGAGCUAGCUUUCCUCGGUUUGGUCGACUGUACAAAAUUUAAUGAGAUGUCACAACAUUUUGAUGACACCAAACUGCAGAGCCUGUCAAUAUAUGCAAAGUUUUUUGACUUUGUCAGACUAAAGGCUGAUCUCAUUGGACUGUACAGCUCACAAAUGGUGAGGAAUGAAUGCAAAUCUCCUGGACAGCUUCUCAACUUUUUGGCCCAGAAUGAUCUGCUCCAGACUGUUCCUGAGGCGACAAAGUUACUCCAACUGGUGCUCACUGUACCAGCUACAACAGCGUCUGCGGAAAGGUCGUUCUCUGCGUUGAAAAGACUGAAAACAUACAGUCGGAAUAGGACCAAUUCAUUGCAAUCUUAUCACAAAAGAGGUUAGACUAAGAAAAAUACAAAAGAAUAUUUAACCCUUCGAGAACCCACGGGGUCAAAUUUUGGAUAUGAAAUAACCAGUAGCCAAAUGAAUAAGCUACC